AUGGCCACCCCUAGUGUCCUAGCCUUUGACGCCGAGGGUCGCGCCAUUGAUUUUGAGGUCUGGCUAGAUGACCUGCAGCUUUUCUUACAGUGCGACAGAGCUGACAGCCUUUCUCUCUUUGACCUCACCUCUGGCGCCUCUCCUGCUCCUGCUGCCGAUGCUGAUCCCACUGUCCGCUCUCAGUGGGCCACCCGCGAUGCUGCUGCACGUCUUGCUGUGCGUCGCCACCUCCCUACCUCUGAGCGUGCGCAUUUUAGUCAGUACAAGAGUGCUCAGACCUUGGGUGCUCUCCUUCCCCCUUGCUGCCCUCUGUUGCCUCUGCUGCUGCGGGCCGACCUGCUUGGUCUUGAGUCGGUCGGCGCGGCGUCUGCCCCUAGUGGGAGACGUCGCUCUGGCAAGGGCAAGGGGGGCAAGGGCGCGGGCGGAGCUGGAGGGGGCGGUGGCGGUGGCGGCGGAGGCGGCGGAGGGAGUGGGGGUGGCGGCAGGAGUAGUGGUAGUGGUGGUGGUGGUGGUGGCAGCAGCGGCGGAGACGGUGGUGGUGGUGGCACCGGUGGUGGUGGAGGCAGCAGCGGGAGUGGAGGCGGUGGAGGUGGAGGCGGUGGAGGUGGAGGCGGUGGAGGCGGCGGCGGAGGAGGCGGUGGUGGUGGAGGAGGUGGAGCUGGUCGUGGUGGUACCCAGCAGCGGAGCGGCGGUGGUGGUGGCCAGCGCUUGCAGCGGCAGCAGCAGCAGCGUUCGCGGGACAUCCCUCCGCCUCAGCAGCUUCGUGAGUGGUACACUGCGCGUCAGAGGGGUGGGGGUACUGGUCCCUGCGCCUACGUUCUUCGUUCCGGCGACCGCGCGGGUGAGCAGUGUGGGGGUGCCCACUCCACCCAGCGCUGCUUUGGCCGCCUGACGGACGCUUGGCGUCAGCAGUUCCCCGGGGCUAGUGAGAUCCCUCGCUGGGAUGAGCUCCUUAGGGCUGGUGUAGCGAUCUUUGAUCUUGAUUUUGAUGCUAUCCUUUCUGCUAUGUAUGCUGUGACUUAUAGUGAGGAGAAUGAGAGUUACCGGUGUUUCCAGCCCGACCCGGGCAUUGGUACUGCUGCCCUAGGUACUUGUGAGGCUGCUGCUCUAGGUGCCAGUGCGUCUGCGCUCUCAGGUACUAGUGAGACUGCGCUCUCAGGUGCUGGUGAGACUGCGCUCUCAGGUACUGCGUCGCCCUCGUCCUCCCUCACUUUCACACUUGACUCUGGGGCUUCUCGCUCCUUUUUUGGAGACCGCACUACCCUCACGCCACUUGGCCGACCGGUUGCGGUCUCCCUUGCUGACCCCUCUGGGGGUCCUGUCCUGUCUCACUUCUCCACUGUCCUCCCGUGUCCGGCUGCCCCUUCGGGCACCCUGUCUGGUCUGUACCUUCCCUCGUUCUCUACGAACUUGGUGAGUGGUGCGGACCUACAGGAUGCGGGGGUUCACCAGUUCACUCCUGCGAGGCGGCGGGUGACCCACUGCACGGACGCAGACACAGGCCGACACCUGGCCACCUUUUCGCGUCGGCCGGGGUCGAGUCUCUACACCCUGACCACUUCGUCUCCUCCUGUCCCUGUGUCUGGUCAGGUAGCUGCGUCAGGUCAGGUGCUUGCUGCUGCGUCCCGGUCAGGUCCUGAGUCUGCCCCCUGUUCCUGUCGCCUCCUGUCUCACGAGACUCUCCUGUGGCACCACCGUCUAGGCCACCCCUCCUUGGCUCGUCUUCGGAGCAUGGCUUCCCGUGUCCUUGUCUCUGGUCUUCCUCGGUCUCUCCCUCCUCCCCCCCCCCGGGCCAGGGCCUUCCUGUGUCCCCUGUGUCGAGGGUCGCCUCCGGGCUACUCCUCACUCUUCCCACUUCCCCCCGACAGAGGCUCCGCUGCAGACGCUUCACAUGGAUGUGUGGGGCCGGCCCCCGUCCGUGGGCAGGGUUACGAGCGCUACUUCCUGUUGGUGGUUGACGACUACUCGCGUUACACCACAGUCCUCCCCUUGCGCAGCAAGGGUGCUGUCACUGAGGUGCUGAUCGACUGGAUCCGCGAGGCUCGUCUCCAGCUCAGGAAGAGCUUCGGCUCUGACUUUCCUGUUCUGCGUCUGCACUCGGACAGAGGCGGAGAGUUCUCCUCUCGCCUUCUGCGAGACUACUGUCGUGCACGGGGGAUCCGCCAGACCUUCACACUCCCGGACUCACCACAGCAAAAUGGGAUUGCUGAGCGCCGCAUUGGCAUGGUCAUGGAUGUCGCUCGUACGUCCAUGAUGCAUGCGGCUGCCCCCCAUUUUCUGUGGCCGUUUGCGGUGAGGUACGCGGCGCAUCAGCUCAACCUUCACCCGCGGGUCUCUAGGCCUGCGAUGUCCCCAGCCUUGCUGUGGACGGGGAAGGUUGGCGAUGCGUCUGUGUUUCGUGUCUGGGGAUCUCGGGCGUUUGUCCGCGACUUGUCUGCGGACAAGCUGUCCCCUCGUGCUGCUCCCUGUGUCUUCCUUGGCUUCCCCACUGACGCCCCAGGGUGGCAGUUCUACCACCCCUCCUCUCGUCGUGUUCUGUCCUCCCAGGACGUCACGUUCGACGAGUCGGUCCCCUUCUACCGUCUCUUCCCCUACCGCACCCCUUCCCUCCCCCCUCCCCCGGACUUCCUUGUGCCGGUUCCCCCCCCGGUAGACCCCCUUCCCCCUCAGGUUCCUGCUCCCUCAGGUGUGUCCCAGGUAGACGCCGUUGACCCGGUCGAGGUUAGUGGUGACUCUGGUGCUGCUGCGGGUGCUGAGCCUGGGGGUGCUGACUCUGGGGGUGCUGUCCGCGGGGGUGCUGAGCCUGGAGGAGCUGCUGCUGGGGGUCCUGAGCCUGGGGGUGCUAGUGCGGAGGGUGCGGAGCCUAGGAGUGCUGCGCCGGGGGGUGCUGUCACUGGAGGUGCUGGGUCUGGGGGUGCUGAGUCGGGAGCUGCUGAGCCUGGGGGUGCUGAGUUGGGAGCUGCUGCGCCUGGGGGUGCUGUGUCUGGAGCUGCUGAGCCUGGGGGUGCUGCGUCUGGAGCUACUGCGCCUGGGGUUUCUCCUGCUGCUCAGCCUCCCCGGGAGCCUCUCUCUCCACAGGAGCUGCGCGAGUGGUUCGCUCGUCGUUGGAGGCGUGCUGCUGAGUCUAGGGGUGCUGCUGGAGCUGGAGCUGGACCUUCUUUGACUGACGAGGGUGCUGGUGCUGCCGGUCCCGGAGCUGCUGGGCCUGCGGGUCCUCUUGGAGCUGGCGCUGCUGAGGGUGUUGGUGCUGAGACUGCUGCUGUUGGUCCUGCUGCUGGAGGAGUUGGUGGCCCUGGUGCUGUCGCUGAGGGUGCUGGAGCUGUCCCUGCUGCGCCUGGAGCUGCUCAGCGGCCUCGACCGUACUUCGUUCCGCUACUGCAGCAGGUUCUUGGUCUUUCUCCUCCGGUAGAGAGUCCACCGCCUGUCCAGUCGCAGUCCCUGCUGGAGCCUUCCUCUCCGCUACCUGCUCCCUCUCCUUACACUGGUCCUACUGGAGGUCUUGCUGAGCGUCGUGAGCCUGCGUCUCGUCCUGCGUCGCCUGUUCGUCCUGCUCGCGCUACUGGUCGCGGUUCGCGUCAGCGUCCUCCUCCUGUCCCUGGCACGCACCAGAUGUCUUUGCGUCCGUCCACUGCUCCUCUGCGUGCCCCUUUGCCUUCUCCUCCUGCGUCCUCUCUUCCUGCGCUUGCCGACCCUGCGUCGGACUCUCUGCGUGCUGCCAGUCCUACUGUCACGCGUUUCCUUGCUACUGUGGUCACUGACCCUUCUUUCGAGUCUUCUGCUGCGUCUGCCCUACUCUCUGAGCUUGUCGACUUUGCUGCUCGCUGUCGCUUAGACUACGCUGCUAGUCUUGUUGCUGAGUCUGCGUCUGUCUGUCCUCCGUCCGUCGGGGGUGAGUGUGCUCUUGGCACGGACGUCCUAGAGGACAGGCAGGAGGAGUUACAGUGUCUAGCGGCUGCUUCACCUCAUCUCGCGUCUGUACUGCUUGCCCCUGAGGGAGACCCGGAUGCACUAGACAUCCCGACUCCGCGUUCUUACGCGGAGGCUGUAGAGGGUCCCUACUCCUCUCAGUGGCAGGCAGCUAUGGAUGCAGAGAUGGCUUCCUGGAAGGUGAAGCGGCCGCCGGGCUCUCCGCCUGUCUUCAAGGCGCGUUACGUCGCUCGUGGCUUCAGUCAGCGGCAGGGAGUUGACUACUUUCAGACCUUCUCUCCCACCCCGAAGAUGACUACUCUUCGGGUGCUGCUGCACGUUGCCGCUCAGCGCGACUACGAGCUUCACUCUCUCGACUUCAGCACUGCGUUCCUGCAGGGUAGCCUGCACGAGGAGAUCUGGCUGCGCCGUCCGCCUGGCUUCACUGGGACUUUCCCUCCUGGCACCCAGUGGAGCCUCCGACGGCCAGUCUACGGUCUCCGCCAGGCACCGCGUGAGUGGCACGACACACUGAGGACUACGCUUGCGGCUCUUGGGUUUGCUCCUUCCACUGCUGACCCGUCGCUGUUUCUUCGCACCGACACUUCCUUGCCGCCGUUCUACAUCCUCGUGUACGUCGACGACUUGGUCUUUGCCACAGCGGACACUGCUGGACUCGCCUACGUGAAGUCUGAGCUGCUGAAGAGACACACGUGCACAGACUUGGGUGAACUGCGCAGCUACCUUGGCUUGCAGAUCACUCGGGACAGAGCACGCCGCACCAUUACCCUGACUCAGUCACACAUGGUGCAGCAGGUCCUUCAGCGCUUCGGCUUCACGUACUCCUCGCCUCAGGCCACUCCUCUGCCUACUCGCCACUCGCUCUCAGCUCUGCCUUCGGAUGAGUCCGUAGAGUCGAGUGGUCCGUAUGCAGAGCUUGUUGGCUGCCUCAUGUACCUGAUGACCUGCACACGACCUGACCUUGCAUACCCUCUGAGCAUUCUUGCACGCUAUGUUGCUCCUGGGAGACACCGAACUGAGCACAUGGCUGCAGCGAAGAGGGUAUUGCGCUACCUGUGCAGUACGUCGGGCAUGGGGCUAGUGCUUGGAGGGCGGAGUCCAGUGGUCCUUACGGGCCACGCGGACGCUUCUUGGGCUGACGAUCAGGCUACGCAGCGGUCGUCACAGGGUUACACCUUCAGCCUUGGUUCCGGCUCUGUCUCGUGGCGGUCUACUCGCUCGUCUUCGGUUCUCGGCUCCAGUUGUGAGGCUGAGAUCUACGCCGGGGCCAUGGCUGCACAGGAGCUUCGCUGGCUCACCUACCUGCUGACUGACCUUGGAGAGCCGCCUCGUUCUCCUCCAGUGCUGUACGUAGACAACAAGGCCAUGCUGGCCUUGUGUCGAGAGCAGCGUCUGGAGCACAGAACGAAGCACAUUGCUCUCCGCUACUUCCUUGCUCGUGAGGUGCAGCAGCGUGGUCAGCUGCGACUUGCGUACGUGGCCUCUGAGGCCAACACUGCUGAUGUGUUCACCAAGGCACUCGCGCCUUGUGACCAUCAGCGCUUCUGUACCCAGCUGGGUCUUGUGCCUGUCUUGCCUCACUUGCUCUCUUCCUGA